AUGCACAUUCUCCUCAUCGGUGCUACCGGCGUGAAUGGGCAGCUGAUUCUGAAAUCGGCUCUUGCCCACUCUCAUACCGUUACCGCUCUCGUCAGGAACCCAUCCUCCUCCUCUCUUCCCCAAGACGCCAACCUCACGACCGUCUCCGGGUCGCCCACCUCUCAGUCCGACCUUGAAGCCGCCCUGCGUUCACCCCGUCCGCCGAAUGCCAUAAUCUUCGCCCUUGGUCACCGGCGUUCCGGAUCAUCUCCGUUCUCCCCGCCUGAACCGGAUUGUCCGCCCGACCUCUUCGAAGCGAGCAUCCAAGCCCUCAUCAGCGCCAUCAAGACCGUCAACUUUACCAACCCGCCCAAGCUCGUCAUCAAUUCAUCUCAAGGCGUUGGCCCCUCGUGGAAAUCCAUGGCAUUCCCCGUGCGAUUCAUCUUCAGCCACAGCCCCGCCAUGCGGAUCGGUCUCGCUGACCACGCCCGUAUGGACACGAUUGUGCGGGAAAGCGGCCUCCCCUUUGUGCUCGCUCGCCCAACGGGGCUUGUGUCCGGUCCGGCGCGGGAGGUCCGCGUGUGGCCCGAAGAUGGCAAGGGUGCGCCGUGGAUCGCUACGAUUACCCGGGACAGCCUGGCAACCUGGCUGGUUAAUGCGGCGGAGAAGGAUGAUUGGAAUGGGAUGGCCCCGGUCAUCACCAACUAG